CAGUGGGGGUCUCCCCUCAGCCCUUGAGGAACCAUGUCCAACCCCAGCGCACCCCCUCCGUAUGAUGACCGCAACCCCCUGUACCCUGGCUCUCCACCACAGGGGGGCUAUGGGCAGCCCGGUGGGUAUCCUCCCUACCCUGCCUAUCCCCAGCCUGGCUACGGUCACCCUGCUGGCUACCCACAGCCUAUGCCCCCCAUCCAUCCGAUGCCCAUGAACUACGGCCCAGGUUACGAUGGGGAGAGAGCAGUGAGCGACAGCUUUGGGCCUGGAGAGUGGGAUGACAGGAAAGUCCGGCACGCCUUCAUCCGAAAGGUUUACACCAUCAUCUCCAUCCAGCUGCUCAUCACAGUGGCCAUCAUCGCUGUCUUCACCUUUGUGACGCCGGUCGGCGAAUUUGUGAGGAAAAACGUGGCUGUCUACUAUGUAUCCUACGUUGUCUUCAUAGUCACCUACAUGACCCUUAUCUGCUGCCAGGGACCCAGGCGCCGUUUCCCAUGGAACAUCAUCCUGCUGACCCUCUUUACUUUGGCCAUGGGCUUCAUGACGGGCACCAUUUCUAGUAUGUAUAGCACCAAAGCUGUCAUCAUUGCCAUGAUCAUCACUGCGGUGGUGUCCAUUUCAGUCACCGUCUUCUGCUUCCAGACCAAGGUGGACUUCACCUCGUGCACAGGUCUCUUCUGUGUCCUGGGGAUUGUGAUGAUGGUGACUGGGAUUGUCACUGCCAUUGUGCUGUCCUUCAAAUAUAUGUACUGGCUCCACAUGGUCUAUGCUGCUCUGGGGGCCAUUUGUUUCACCUUGUUCCUGGCGUACGACACGCAGCUGGUCCUGGGGAACCGGAAGCACACCAUCAGCCCAGAGGACUACAUCACUGGCGCCCUGCAGAUCUACACAGACAUCAUCUAUAUCUUCACCUUUGUGCUGCAGCUGCUGGGGGAUCGCAAUUAAGGAGCACCCCAACCUGCAUCACCUUGGGCUCUCCCUCCCCUGGAAGGCUGGGCCCUACGACUGGGGUCUGGGUCUCAGACCUUUCUCCUUCCCCUCAUGUAAUAUGCCUCUUUUCCUUUCUGUCCUGGCCUGGGAGACCUCUGUGGCUGUAGAUGUGCAGGGACCUGGCAGGGGUUAAGGACCUAACUCCCUCACCUUGGGCAGGGACUAGGCUGAAGAUGUGCCUUCUCCCUUCACCACCACACGACACUAGAUUCUUCUGAAUCGCUAGGGUUAGAAGGGGAGGGAUGAAAAGAGCCAGUUCUACAGCUGAAAGGGAAUAUGAGUGGUAGAAGUGACUUCAAGAGGGUGAGGCUUCCAUCUCUGACAGGCUUCUUCUGGCCUCCGGAGCUAGAGCUUUUUCCUCUCUCACCCCCCAGCUAAACCAGAGAGCUCUGUCCCCAGCCUCCUGGACAGGCCGUUAUCCUGUACUUCUGUGGCAACCUGUGGUGCCUUCCAGCUCAGGAAGGUGGAAAAGAUCAGUGCCUGUGGGUCUCCCCUGCUUCAGCCCCAUCUUCUUUCAAUGGCAUGUAUAUACUCUUUAUCAGGGUGAGGGGUAGGGAGGAAGAGCAGAGUGAGCAUGGUCAAGCAGAGGGCCCAGCAAUAUUAGCCCUGGGCUUUGUGGCUGUGGAGAGGGCAAUGCAGAUUCACUUUCAGCCAUUUGGUCCCUAUUCUUCAAAGCUGCCUGGGGCUUCCUGGGUGCCUCAAGAUUUCUAGUCAGAGGGACCGCUGGCUUCCUGGACUCAGGGGCAAAGAUCAGGAGAGGGGGUGGUGGUGUGUAGGAUCCUAAGUGUGGCCAGGAAGUAACUAGGGUGAAGACACACUAGGGGUGGAAGCAGGGAAGAUGCUUUGGGUUCCCCACGCCCAGCCUCAGAGCUGUGGUAUCCAUGGAAGCUUCUGUGUGCUUUCCUCCUGCUCACUGGGGGAAGGCCCUGACAGGAAGGAGACUUCCUCUCUGUUAACUCAUGCUGGGGGGUUUUAGACUUGAGCCCCAUCUCUCCAGCCAGCUACUACUUCCUUUGUGACACCAAGUGCCUCAAGCUGGAGUGGGGAAGGUGGACAAGGGUCACUUUUUUGGGUUAGGAUGGAAACCAGGUCAGCCCAAGGGUAUAAUUAGGACUUCUCUGUUAAGUACUUGGUCCUAAAUAUAUCAUGCAAAAUUCAUAAUUAGAAAUAUAAUAAAGUUUUAUGUUCAGAAGUUAAGACCCUGUUCAGCUCUGGUUUUCAGCAUUUGAAAGGUAUGUGCCUGGAAGAAUGAAUCUGGCCCUGCCCAAAGCAGGUGAGGCCUACCUUUGAGUUCUGGUUGGUUCUCUCCCAUCUUUUCUAAGAUAAUGAAAUAACAUUGCCCCUGUGCUGUCUGCGCUGGAGACAAUAGGCUCAGGGGCAGGGCUGCCAGCUGUACUCCUGGGCCUGCCUAGAUGCUCAAACAGCUGUGGCUGGGGCAGCACGUGACCUUUUCUUUGCCACGGACCCUUCUCAAUAUCUGGACUCUUGGGGAAAGGCUACUGGUCUGCUUUCAUGUCAUUUCUGCCCCCUCAGGAUCCCAAAUAACUCAGUUUGGGGAGAGCAGAGGUCCCUUACCUAAUAGACUCAAUACUUUUGGGUUCUUUAUUUGGUAGGGAGAAUUGGUAAGGUGAAUAAAAUGCUAUUUGGGGGAGAUAAACAUGGUUUGUAACUUGGAUGGUUUGAAAGAUUGAGUACAGCUGACUCCUUUGAGAAGCUACCCUUUGGAGUACCUCAAUGGGGAGUAAAGGGUUAAAACUGCAAACCCUCAAGCAUGGCCCCAGAACCACACUUUAACCCAUAGAGUAAUACAAUGUUCUGGUUGGCCAGGUGUCCACUGAAAUUUCUAAGGAAUUGUAAAAGAUAAUACUGGAGGUCUCCUGACAUCAACCACAUGGUCCUUUGACCUGGGAGGCCCAGACACCCUGUCACGACCUAUGGGAUGAAAACUUGUGACACUAAAAUAUUACUUGCUGUUUUUCACCAUUCUCAAGUAAGCAGUGGACUUUCUAACAUUACUAAAUGAAUGGAAAGCAGAUAGUCUGAGAACCUAGGUUGUCUUUUAUUAAAGGAUCUGUGUUAGUAGCUCAUGUAUUUAUAAAUUUUAAUAAAGAUGAAAAAUUCAAGAGAGCUGUAGAC